CCGGUACCUCUGGUACUCAGCUGUUCUGACGUCGAGCACGCUAUUUGACGUCAUCGUGGGAGUGUUCCACCAUCGGGAGAAAUGAAUGGUCAUCAACACAAUCCUCUCAGCGCCCAUCACGUGAUUUUUCUAAAUGUCCAUGGAAACAGCUGACUGACGUUCGACAGCUAUCCCCCAUUCCAUUUGUAAGAAUUACCCCGAGGAAGCAGAGUUCAGAAUUUGCUUGGAUUUUGCCUUUUUCUUUGUAAAUAGAUCCACUGAUCAUCUGCUGAUGACCACAUCUGAAGCCCAUCCUGAGUUGUGAGCCAGUAGAGGAGAAGCUGGGCUGAUGACAAGCAUGACAUUGAGCCAAGCCACAGAUGCAUGCCCACUCAAAAGGUCCAACUGAGCGCCGUCCCCUCUGCUUCCCGGCUCUCAACCAGUCUCUCAGGGGGGUGGGGGGGGUGUCAACGGGGCAUAGCUAGUCCCCUGCACCCCCAGUAGAGCCUCACUGUGAAACUGGAGGUCUCAGAUGGAUCAGGGUAGUAGUGAGCAGAGUCCAGAAGAGCCGGACGUAGGAGGUCGAGCAGAGCCGGAGGCCGGCAGGAGGGCAUCGGAGUCAGAGCACGGCUUGUCCAAAAUCACCCAUAAUGCCCUGGAGAACAUGGGAGCGUUGGGCCAUGGCCUGAAGCACUUCUUCCAGCCACAGCGCCGACGCUCCUCCGUUUCCCCACAUGACUCCCUCUCGUCCUGCACGGGCGCCCCUUCCUCCGAACCCACUGAUGUAGGGUCAGAGGUGGGGGACGCCCCCGCCUCCUCCGCCCUGCCCGUGGAUUCUGACAACUCUGCCACUUCCGCCCCUCCCGCAGCUCUGAGCAGAGUUCUGCAGCAGAUCCGAGGUGCUCCACCCAUGAUGAAGCGAGGCACCAGCCUGCAGAGCCGCCGCAGCAAGGUGGGGGGCUCUGGGGACCCUCCCCAGAAGGGAAGCCCCCAGAUCCACAGGCGAAGCACCCAUGAGGCCCUGCUUCAGGCUGGACGCCCACGCUCCUCCUCCACCACAGACACACCCAGCAGCCCUGCCCUCGCUGACAUGCUGCUGACCUCAGGUUACCACUCAACUGAGGAGCAGGACAAGUUGGAUCGCUAUGAUGGCACGGGCCCUGCUGUGUCGCCCAAUGCCCUGCCAUACGGGGCAGAUGGGUAUGAUGUAGUCGACAGUACUCCAGACCCACAACGAACUAAGCAGGCCAUUGCCCAACUACAACAGAAGAUCCUAAAGCUCACGGAACAAAUCAAAAUUGAACAAACUGCACGUGAUGAUAACGUGGCUGAGUACCUGAAACUCGCUAACAAUGCAGACAAACAGCAGAGUGCACGCAUCAAACAGGUGUUUGAGAAGAAGAACCAAAAAUCGGCCCAAACCAUCCAACAACUGCAGAGGAAGCUGGAGCAUUACCAUCGAAAGCUUCGGGAAGUGGAGCACAACGGUAUCCCUCGCCAGCCCAAAGACGUUUUUCGAGACAUGCACCAGGGGCUGAAAGAUGUCGGCGCUAAGGUGACAGGUGGCCUCUCCAGUUUCUCUCAAGCCACUCACUCUGCAGCUGGAGCUGUCGUGUCAAAGCCAAGAGAAAUUGCAUCUCUCAUCCGUAACAAGUUUGGCAGUGCAGAUAACAUCGCAGCCCUGAAAGACUCCCUGGAUGAAUCCCAGGGAGACGAAGGAGUGGGUCCUAGUGGAGCAAGGACCCUUGGGACGGGACAGUUGCAGUCCAGUCCAAAGUAUGGGAGUGACGAUGACUGUUCUAGUGCUACUUCUGGCUCUGCAGGAGCUAACAGCACGACUGGAGCCCCUGGAGGCCCUCCAAGCUCCAAGGGCAACACCCUUGAGCAUGGCCAGGCUUCAGGCUUUGAUGCCAUUCUCCAUGAAAUCCAGGAGCUUCGGGAAAACCAGGGUCGACUAGAGGAGUCCUUUGAAAACUUAAAAACCCACUAUCAGCGUGACUAUACGAUGAUCAUGGAGGCCCUUCAAGAGGAGCGAUUCAGGUGCGAACGUUUAGAAGAACAACUCAAUGACCUGACAGAACUGCACCAGAAUGAGAUUCUUAACUUAAAACAGGAACUAGCCAGUAUGGAGGAGAAGAUUGCUUAUCAGUCUUAUGAAAGAGCGAGAGACAUUCAAGAGGCACUGGAGGCAUGCCAGACACGUAUCUCCAAGAUGGAGCUGCAGCAGCAGCAACAGCAGGUGGUGCAGCUCGAGGGUUUGGAGAAUGCCACAGCAAGGACUCUUCUUGGGAAACUAAUCAAUGUGCUGCUAGCUGUCAUGGCGGUCCUUUUGGUGUUUGUGUCCACAGUGGCUAACUGUGUCGUCCCCUUAAUGAAAACACGCAGCCGCACGCUUACUACACUGCUUCUUGUCCUUUUCCUCGCCUUCCUCUGGAGGCACUGGGAGGCUAUUUCAGAGUAUCUGCAUCGCUUUCUUCUGCACCCCAGAUGACCGACUUUGAAAGGCUUAUUUAAACAUUCAAAGAACAGAGGGGCGGGGCUAUUGUUUAAAACGGCAUCAUUGACCCACACAGGAAGUUGAAUUUCAAAGGUCCUUCCUUUUCGUAUUCCUCUGCUUCUUCAAACACUCAGGAGGGUUGCAUCUGAGCUUUGUCACUUUAUCACCUCCUGAUUUGUGUUUUGAGUGGAAUAAUAGGGAAAAGAGGAGGAGAAAAAGAUGGAUGCUUGAUAUCGACUUGCUUUUUUGGUGCAUUUGUGGCACAAGCACAUACUGUAAGGGUAAAUGGGUUAUAGUUGAAGGAGGGGUGGAGAGAACUGCACACUUGAUUUCUCUCUUCUGAGUGAAUUUGUUUACAUGUGGGAAACUUUUGCUUUGUUUUACCACAGAAGAAAUUGUAAUUCAGAGUUUUAUUACUUUUGAGCUGAAUCAAGUGGUAUUGUUUUGAAGUCACUGCUAUUUUGAACACAGCUGGAUGAUGUUUUUUUAAUUUUCUUUUAAGUGUAAUGAGCCGACAGUGUUCUGCUGAUUUAGUUGUCCACAUUUUCUUAUUUGUAAGUUUUUAUCUCUUCUGGUCUUGCCAUUUUGAUUUUCAGUCUGCUCUUUUUCUCUUUUAUUCAGUCUUUUAAAAUUUCAGCUUGUGUGACCAACUCUUCCUCUUUUUCUUCGCUACACCUGAAGAAUGGGGUGCUUGCACAUCAGCUACAAUGCUCUUGAAUCAGACUUGUCACUGGAUCAUAUAAUUGUGGGUUCUUGACUUGUUUCUUUUGGAUGUGUGAAGUCUAUAACACUGGUUCUGCCACAACCAGGAUAAAACUAUUGAGUACUUAUAUUUGGAUUUGCAACCUUGCCCCCAGGGCCUGCUGGGUUCUGCUAUCCUGGUGGUUCGUCCACUGCAGAAGAAUAAUCUAUGAACUGACUUAACAUACUUGAAGAGCAGCAAAAGUGCUCAAAGACUCAGUGCUUCCGUACUGUUUCUAUUAGUGACAAUGAAAUAGUAAUACUUUUUAGUUGAUUUUUUUAUUUUUUAAAGACAAAUAAAUUUGCUGUUUUAAAAGGUGAAAA